AUGAUUCUGGUCGCAGUUAUACUCGCAUGUUUUGUUCAACUCGUAGUGAAAGCGUCGCCAUCUUGGACCGCUUUGGAUCCCGAGAAAACACUUUAUAUCUUCAAGCGAUGUCAUGAAGAUCAUCUGCCUACCGAUCAGACCAGAAGUGCAUACUUUGCUAGUUGGAGAAAUUGGAAGCUAGAACCGAAUAAUUCCAUCACCCAUUGCUAUGUUUCGUGUGUUCUUAAGAUGCUAGGGCUGUAUGACGAGAAACAACAAAGGUUCAAGUCCGAUACGAUUCCCGCGCAAUAUGACGCUUUCAAACAGUUCACUAACGCCAAACUAGAAGAGGUUAACAAAUUCAAACAAGCAGUUUCCAAACUAAACGGAGGCACUGGGACUUGUUUGGAGCUUUAUAAUGCCUACUUGCCGGUUCACAACGAGUUCGUUAAUCUCAUACGCCAGCUCUACCACGGGAGGGUGCCAAGUGUUGCAAAAAUCUAUGCCGCUAUGCCGAUCAAACAGAUCAGCGAAUCAUACUUUCUGUACUGCUACAAGCAGGUAUGGCAAGAUGAUGAGGAAGAAGAAAUGCGGAAGGCUCGUGCAUACGAUCUAUCUGGUAGUCUAAAACUGCGCAAAGCCAUUGAUUGCAUAUUCCGCGGACUGCGAUACAUGAGCGAUGACGGUUUGAGUACUGACGAGGUCGUGCGUGAUUUCAAUCUGAUUAACCGAGGUGAUCUAGAGCAAUCUGUUCGAUCUGUUCUGAGUCAAUGUCCUGGCAAAGAGUCAUACGAUUACUACGCUUGCCUUCUUAGCGACCGAACAGUUGGAGAAGACUUCAAGGAGGCGUUCGAUUUCCAUGAGCUGCGUUCCACCGACUACGGCUACUUGCUGAUAGGAAAAACUUACGAAGGUCCUGAAAAGGUCAAAGAGGAGCUGAAGCAACUAAAAACCACCCUCAUAACGUGGAAGUAUUCUCCUGAAGAUCAAAAGAUGAUCCUGGUCGCAGUUAUACUCGCAUGCCUUCUUAAUCUCGAAGUGAAAGCGUUGCCUUCUUGGACCGCUUUGGAUCCUGAAAAAACUCUGUAUACCUACAAACGAUGUUAUGAAGAUCAUCUACCUGUCGAUCAGAGCAGAGUAGUGUACUUACGUAGCUGGAAUAGCUGGAAAUUAGAACCGAAUGAUGCAGUCACUCAUUGCUAUGCUUCGUGCGUGCUUAAAAGACUGGAGUUGUAUGACGAGAAACAAAAAAAGUUCAAGUCCGGCAGAAUUCUCACACAGUAUGACGCUUUCAAACAGUACACUAACGCCAAACUAGAAGAGGUUAACAAAUUCAAACAGGCAGUUUCCAAACUAAACGGAGGCACUGGGACUUGUUUGGAGCUUUAUAAUGCCUACUUGCCGGUUCACAACGAGUUUGUUAAUCUCACUCGUCAGCUUUACCAUGGAACGGUGCCAGGUGCCGCAAAAAUCUAUGCCGCUAUGCCACAGCUCAAACAAAAAGGCGAAUCAUACUUCCUGUACUGCUACAAGCAGGUUUGGCGAGAUACUCAAGAAGAAGAAAUGCGAAAGGCUCGAGCAUACGAUCUAUCCGGUAGUCUAAAACUGCGCAAAGCCAUCGAUUGCAUAUUCCGCGGACUGCGAUACAUGAGCGAUGAAGGUUUGAAUGCUGAUGAGGUCGUUCGUGAUUUCAAGCUGAUUAACCGAGGCGUUCUAGAGCAAUCCGUUCGAUCUGUCCUGAGGAAAUGUCCUGGUAAAAACUCGUACGAUUAUUAUGCUUGCUUAGUUAGUGACCGAAAAAUUGGAGAAGACUUCAAAAAGGCGUUUGAUUUCCAUGAACUGCGUUCCGCCGACUACGCAUUCCUGUUAAGAGGUAAAUCCUACGAAGGUCCUGAAAAGGUCAAAGAGGAGCUGAAGCACCUAAAUACCACCGUUUGCGAUUCCUAG